AUUUGUCAUGGCGUUAUCAGGUUGCCCAUAUGAUUGACAUUUUUUAGUUGUGAUUUGAUUUGAUUAUUGUGUAUGAUCAAAGUUGCCGAAAAAUAUCAUCUUUACGAUAAUCGAUCAUCAAAAACAUCAUGGCUUAUUUGGAAUUUUUUGGCUACUGUUUAAUAGCUUUUGGACCUUCAUUGGCAAUGUUUUGUCUGGUGAUAGCCAACGAUCCAAUUCGUAUUAUUAUCAUGAUCUCAGCAUGCUUCUUCUGGUUAGUAUCGUUGCUGUUAUCCUCCAUUUUAUGGACCAUUGUGGUUCCACUCAAAGAAUAUCUAUUAUUUGGUGUCACUUUUUCCAUACUGUUCCAAGAGACGUUCCGUUAUCUUUUCUAUCAAGUUCUAAGGAAGGCCGAAACAGGUUUACAGAAAGUGGCCGAAGUUGGUCGCAAUGGAUCGAAUGAAAUUCAGCCCAAAUUGGACACCAACCGUAUGCAACUAUCUUUCGUUUCCGGCGUUGGAUUUGGCGUGAUGAGCGGUGUGUUCUCUCUAAUCAAUAUCCUGGCCGAUGCUACUGGUCCCGGAACUGUUGGUCUUGAUGGUGGAUCCACUUAUUUUUUUCUGUGUGCUUCGCUGACAACAUUGGCAUUCAUACUGCUGCACAUUUGUUGGACAAUCAUUCUGUUCAAAUCCUGUGAUAGCGGCAAUAAGCCUUUCAUUUUAUUCGUGCUCAUCUCACAUCUGGCUGCCUCUUAUAUCACAUUUUUGAAUCCUUCGAAGCUAUACGCUAUAUCCAUUCCAAUGCAAUAUCUGCUACUGGUGAUCACAUUUUUGGUGACGCUUAAAUGUGCUGAUUUUCGUUUCGAUCAAUUUGUUCGUUGCCGAAAAACGAAUUGAUUGCAAUGGUGUAUUACCCAUUUUUAUGUUUAUAUGCUUUUUUCAUGUGAAUAAAUCCAUUUCGAUACAUAAA